UGCGUCGAAGCGAAUGUAAUAGGUCCGUUUGAAAAUAGUAGACACAGUUCACGGAUCAUUUUCAGUAGUUUUCAGUGUUCAAUAUUAUUCGGCUUGAGGAUGAAUGGAGUUCAUGGAACCCAGCUCGAGCCCGUCCCACGUGUGCAGCUUUUCAACUGCAUGCACGCGGACUGUGGGGCAACUUUCUCGCGCCAGUGGCGGUUGAAGGACCACCAAACUACACACACAGGCGCACGGCCAGCCAAAUGUAAGGUGGCAGGUUGCGAGAAGAGCUUCUCGCGCAUCUCUCAUCUAAAGCGACACACUGUUCAACACUCCGGUGUUAAAAAGUUCAAGUGCCAUAUUACCGCAUGUGGGAAGGCGUUUCUUUUCUCGGACAAACUGAAGAGGCAUCUCCGUUUCUGCCAUAGCCAGAAGGAUAAGCACUUCAAGUGCGUCGCCACAGGAUGCGCCGAGGUUUUCAGAAAACGGCGCGUCCUCAAACUCCAUAUGAAUUCUCAUGGAGUGUCUGCAUUCAAGUGUUCGAAGUGUUUGAUGAAGUUCGACACCCAUACAGCCCGAAAAGCACAUGAAAAGACUCAUGCAGGGUACACUUGCUCUAAGGAGGGCUGUGAAGUGGUACAAAAGACGUGGACCAAAAUGGUGAAACACAUGACCACCCAUAAAGCGGUGUUCACGUGCCAGAAGUGCAAGAAGGAGUUCAGGAAGCGCGAGUCGCUGCGGCGCCACAAGCGCACCCACACCUUGAAGAAGCCGGUGCUGCUGUGCCCGCUCAAGAGCUGCCAGGCCUACUUCUCCACCACCUUCAACCUGCAGCACCACAUCAACAAGGAGCACCUCAAGCUGCUGCGCUACACCUGCCCCCACGGAGACUGCGACAAGGUCUUCGCCAUGCGGGAAUCUCUCACCCGACAUUUGUUCCGCCAUGACCCAGAGGCUGACAGACUGAAGGGCCGCCACCAGCGCUCCAAGAAGACGUGGAAGCGCCGUCUGGACCGCCAGAAGCGCCACACGCUGGUGGAGGACGACCUGCGGGCCCUGUUUGCGCUGCGCAUGCGCCUCAGCCGCCGCACCAAAGUGGAGGCUAACCUCUCCGGCCUCUUCAACGAGCGCAAGAUGCCCCACUUUGUGGAGUCGGAGACCAACCUGCGCAACCUCUUCAGCCUCAAGCCUCCGUUCAAGCCCAAGGCUGCCGCACCUACCAUCCCCACUGCCUCCCCCACUACCAAGCCCGCAGCCCCCACCACUGCUACCCCUGCCAAACCUGCCCUUGUUAAACCUACCCCCAUCAAACCUGCCCCUGCUAAACUUGCUCCAGCUAAACCUGCCCCUGCUAAACUUGCCCCAGCGAAACCUGCUCCUGCUAAACUAGCCCCAGCUGCCCCUGCCAAACCUGCCCCAGCUGCACCAGCCCCUGCUGCUGCUGCUGUUGCUGGGGGCAAGAAGGCCUGAGCUCCUGGUGGUGGGGCUCACCACAAUCUGGUAAAGGGUUUGCAGCCAUCCUGAGUGUGGUGGUGGGCAAUUGCUUGGUGAAAUGAGGUGUCGUUUUUUUCCAUCUUUUGUUUCAUUCAUUUCAUGUGUUGUAUGGCAUUGUUUCUCAGUUUAAAGUCUUAAACACAAAGGUGUGAUUGCACCUCAUUUUGUUUUAUGUGUUUGUAAAGAGUAAGGGUCUGUAUAGAAAAUGCAUGUGCAACUGUAAAUAUUUGAUUUGUUUUAAUUGUUUUAAAGUGUUUGUGAGACUUGUAACCAUUUUCAGUUUUAGGUCAGUAUGAAGGUCAAUAUUUAUGUUAAUUAAUGCAAAAGGUCUGUGGGUGCCUGUUUCCAGGUUCCUUUGUAGUAAUGAUAUUUGCUUGUAUAUAACUUGCUACUGUGUUUCAGUUGCUAUUGAACUGGCCUAAUAAAAGACCCCAAUGGCACUGCA